UUAAACAGGAGGUGUGUGACAUUUGCUGCCAGAAGCUAGGCGUUAAACCUCUAACGGAUGAAAGAGAGGAAUUAGUGUGUAUUUAUAUUGUUUCCCCUGAUAACAGCUAAACUUACACUUAGACUCGCUCUCCUAUCCGCCUACGUUACGACACUUUUUAAUACAGCGUUUUAGUUCUAAACUUGUCUUCCAAUGCAGCACUUUGUAGAGUCGGCUAACGGUUACGACUAACUUGUACAGUAGACUCGCUCCAACUCUGAUGCGUCUUGUUUUUGUUAUAUAACGUAAAACAUAAAGCAUUGUUCAAUUUUAUAUGCUAUUACAGAUGAAUAGUCCAAGUCGGUAAGGCUAAUUGUGUCAUGUACACAAGGUUAAAGUUAGCUUUAGCCAGCUCCUCUCUUGUCAUCGUGCUAGAACGGUUUACUGUCUAAUGUUUAUUGCUGCGAGCGUGUCCUUUAAGAAGCAGGAGGGAGAGAGUUUGGCAUUUUGUAGUAGUAAAUCAAUCAGGGAUUAUUUUUUAUAUUCUUAUUUUUAUUAAGUGAGGUGACAACAUGCUGCUCUCCCUGGUUGUGCACACUUACUCUAUGCGGUACUGGUUUCCAGCGACCAUCAUGCUGGGGUCGGCUCCAGCUUACCUUCUGUCGUGGGGGGUUUGUCGCCUCCUCUCCACUUUUUUACCGGCCAAACUGUAUCACAAGUUAGACGACCGACUGUACUGUAUCUACCAGAGCAUGGUCCUUUUCUUCUUUGAGAACUACACAGGAGUAGAGAUAAUCAUUUAUGGAGAUAUACCAAAACACAAAGAGAAUGUAAUCUACCUGUCCAAUCAUCAAUGUACAGCGGACUGGAUCAUCGCUGACAUGAUGGCCAUAAGGCAGAGUGCCCUCGGCCAUGUCAGAUAUGUUCUUAAAGACGGGCUCAAGUGGCUCCCACUGUACGGAUGGUAUUUCUCUCAGCAUGGAGGGAUCUAUGUGAAACGAAGUGCCAAGUUUAACGAGCAGGCUAUGACCAAGAAGCUUGUCUCUCAGAAUCAGUCAGGAGCACCAAUGUACCUCGUCAUCUUCCCGGAAGGAACGCGGUAUAAUCCCGAACUUAAGAAUGUUAUCAGUGACAGUCAGGCCUUUGCUGCUAAAGAAGGACUUGCCAUUCUGAAACACACACUAACACCCAGAAUGAAAGCGUCUCACAUUGCCCUCAAGACCAUGAGGGGCCACUUGGAUGCAGUGUAUGACGUGACAGUGGCCUACGAGGGAACGCUGAGAGUCGACGGUAAAAGAAAACCAGCGCCUUCAAUGCCAGAAUUCCUGUGCAAAGAAUGUCCGAGAAUCCACAUCCACUUCGAACGUGUGGAUGUCAAGGAAAUUCCUCCCGAGCCGCUCUUCUUCCGCAGGUGGCUGCAUGAGCGCUUUGAAAUCAAGGACCGGCUUCUGGCACACUUCUACGAGCAUGAUGACAGAGACAAACUAUGCAGCUUCCCAGGAGAGGGCACACCUUCCCACCUCGGCCUCUCCAAAACCCUCCCCUCGGUGCUCAUCUUGGGAGGCCUGACGCUGACAUUGCUGCUGACCGAGGGCGGCAGGAAACUGUACUGGAGGACCUGGGUGUAUGGGACUCUAGUAGGAUGGCUGUGGGUCAAUGCGCUUCCUUGACCAACGUGCGCACUGAGGAUGGUGCCUUUCUUCUCGACUCCAACGCAAGAGGUGUUCCACAAGCAGAGUAGCGUCAUACCUGUAAGACGUGGUUCUGUGCCGAACCGAUGCAAAGAAAUGUCUGACACCGCUUUCUUGGUACUAUACAGCCAGAAGGGAUGAGAAACAAGUGGAUUUGUAAAAAAAAAAAAAAGAAAAGAAAAGAAAAAUGAAAAAAAAACGAUGAGCUAAAAAAAUAGUCCUCCCCUUCUCUUCCCUUUUUACUCUCCAACCGAACCUUGCAUGCUCCUCAUUCUUUCAUGUUAGCCAAUUCUAAACUCUUGACGUGGCAUUUAUCUUUUGAAGGAGCAAAGGUCUGACAUAGUCCAACAACUAUGAAGUGCUUUGUUUAGCUAUUAUUUAUGCAAGGUUGCUCAUAAUGCACUGAAGUCGCUCCUUACAUUACACGUUGACCAGACUGUCAGUGCAUUCAGGUGGCUUUAACAUGUAAAAGUCAUGCUUUUUACGUAAAUGCAACAUCGUCGCAGCCUCCAGAAGGGCUUCAUCCACCAGCUGCACUGUUUAAACACGGGCUUUAAUACUGAAAAUGAAUGUAGCCAUUUCAAGUAUAAUAUGCAUAUAUGAUGAUCUUUUAUGACUUGAAGACGAGUUAGUCUUAUGAAUGCGUGCCACCACCUUAAUUGUCCCCCUAAAAGCAAAUGUCAAUUGCCAAAUCCCGUCGUUUUUUGCCAUGAUGUUUCAUCAGUGUUUUAUGUUCAGCAAUAAUUAAUCAAUGCCAGCCCCGUGGAUUCAUAUUAAUUUUUUAUACUGGUCUUAUAAAUGGUUUGUUGAUGUAAAAACAUCUACCUUGCUUUAAAGCAAAAAAAAAAAAGCUUACAAAGCCAUGCAAACCCAAAAGCCAGGUGUAUUAUAUACAUCUCUGUAUUGUGACCUGCCGUUGCUGUGUUGUGUUCCACUCUCCACACGUUACUUAACACAUUUGUAGUCCGACAGGUAGUCUAUUUUAAAGGUAAAUCGUGUUUUUAUACCUCAUCCAUUAGUUCACUCCUCUCCCGUGUUCCUAUAUGUCGCAUAUUUUAUAAUAACUUCUAUUCAACUGAAGUUCAUCAGGAAGUUUUUUUUUUUUAAUGUAGACAGCAUUUACAUUUUUUAAAAAACUUUCUGCAAACCUGUGCCUUCUCAUUGGCCCAGACUAACUCUAAGCUGCUGAACGCAGCCCCGUGUGUGUGUGUGUGUGUGUGUGUGUGUGUGUAUUCCCGUUAUUGUCCACACUUGAUGGUGGCUUAUUUUGCUCAGAAAUGGUUUCAGUUGAAUUUGUUUUAACCAAUUGAAUGUGCUGUGGGUAUGGGAAUGUGAGUGAAAUAAAGUCUUUUUCUUGGGAGAGAGUAA